GAUUGAUAGAUCCUGUUUUAAACCCUGUCUUUGGAAUGAAUUGACUUCGAACUGAAUGUGACAUGUUGACCUGCUGACAUCUGCAUUUGAAGGUUUCUUAUGGACGUGAAAUGGAGGAAAAUCUGAUAAAUGUUUAACAUGGUGUAAAAGUCAGAGAUUGAUAUGAAAAAUGUUAUGCAUGAGACAUAAACUGUCAGUAUCCCAGAAAUGUUGACAUCAGCAUUGGAUGGAAAAAUCUGUGUUAUUCUGUUUCUAUUUCUAGAAGUGAAUAAGAAUCUAAUUUAAACCCAAAUCAGUGUUCCUGAGAACUAAAAGUUAUGUUGGUGACUUAAUGAACAGGUGCAGCUUUAAUUGUGUCAAAUUGUAUUUUAGUUGAUUUUAAGACACUGUCAGUAGUUCUAAAGCGCGGCGUGGUGGAGUGUGGCGCGUCGUUAUUGUGGGCUCGCUGCUCGCUGAAAACGACCGAGUGGAAAAGACGUCAAACUCUUUAUUUAAGUACCACUUGCUCCUUUACGUUGCUGGUUGCUUCGCUAAAGUUUUGACGUUCAGAAACGGGUUAAUGACGGCUCUUGAGCCAAAAGAAGAGAAAGCUGCUGUGUGGACAGCCUCGCCCGCCGUUGGAGGUUGGUGUUCUUCUCUUGUUGGGGCUUCAGAUGCUCCCGGGUUGGAGUUUUGUGGGCUUUUCCUCUUUCCUGCUGCCUCGUGUUGUCAGUCAGAGCUUUGUUUGGGCUGAGGAGCUCCGCCUCCAGACUUUGGUGUAAUGGGAUGAGCAGUGACACGCCCUGUGUGUGUGUGUGUGUGUGUGUGUGUGAGUGUGUAGGAGUCCUCUGGCUCAGAUGGAGGAGGAACGACAGGAGCAUGUGGCUAAGAUGAAGAAGAUGGAACAAGAAAUGGAGCAAGUCUUUGAGAUGAAGGUCAAAGAAAAGCUCCAGAAGCUUAGAGACUCUGAAGCUGAGCUCCAGAGACGCCACGAACAAAUGAAGAAAACCCUGGAGGCCCAGCACAGAGAACUGGAAGAGAAGAGACGGCAGCACGAGGAGGAGAAGUCCGGCUGGGAGAUGCAGCAAAGGAUUCUGGAACAGCAGAAACUGGACAGCAGGACUUUGGAGAAGAAUAAAAAGAAGAAGAUAUUUUAAGGCGCCUGCAUUGUGGCGUUUGCCUGCCUGCUAGCUGACGGUCAAAGCCCCACCCACCAGCUGCUGUUUGAUAUAUUACUGUGUAAUAAUAAAGUGAAAGCCAGGGGGCGUUCUGUCAUGGCUCCUGAAGUGUUGUGAUUGGUCACGUGGACCCACAGAAAAGGAAGAAGGUUGGUUUAUUUGUUCUCUGUUCUAUUGUGGCACUUUGGAAAUGGCGCUACCGUGUGCGUUUUAAUGCCAAACAACCAAAGAAGGCGCGUGGCGUCUGGCUGAGGCCAACACCCACCUCAGGCUCUGUUUUCUUUUUCUACUUUUCAUGUGUCUGUUGUGUUUUCUUUCUUCCCGAUGUUUCAUUUUUCCAUCUCCUGAUGAGUAAAUGAUGUCAUCAGGACAUGUUCUGACGUGUGUGUUUGUGCGUUUGAGGGCUCUGCGACACACAUACUGUUCAUUGUUUUUAAUAUCAUAGUCAGUUUUUAUGAACUGUUGUUCCUGGAAACAGACCUGACGUCACUCACUGAGUGGAACCAAAGAAAAGUGCUCCAACGUGUAUCUGCACCUUGUUUGUGUUUUUUCUUGUUUUUCUGCAGGAAUAAAUGUAGAUACAGACGUUUAUCUAACAUUUAGCACCGUUUGUGUCUCUGUUCAGUAAUCUAAGACACGUAAUAAAAUUGUGAUGGGAAAAAA